AUGGCAUCCGGUGUGGAGUUUUCCCAGCAGGAGGCGACUAUGCUUGUAAUAAUGGGCUUGCUAUACCAAACUGGCAGCUUGCAUAAUGAUGAAGCCUUCAACGCCGUUACGACAGCUUUGUAUAUGACAGCACCAGACAAAGUUACCACCUCCCUGAUGGGUCUCAUAAACCUCGUACAACAGCCUGCAGCAUCUACGGAACAUGUCAUGAUUUCACUUGCGUUUCUCGAGCACACGACCAACAACUCCCUGAAAUUCUGUCGAAAUCACCUUGCGCAUCACUCCAUCCACUGGGUCUGCCGGCUGAUGGAAAGGACCACGUCGCGCAAGCCUGAUUUCGUCUCAUCCUUCGAGAAAGACAAGCGGAUACAGUGCUCGGGCCUGGAAGGAAACAUUCCUAUGGGCCCCGAAACUAUCCGAGAUGCAUGGUCUGCAUUGAAGAAGACGGUGGACAGGCGAUGGGCCAUCAGAUGUGUAAUGGUCAAUGAGGAAGUCGAUAAAUGUGAAAACCCGGACAUACGUCUCAGGAUCCUCAGCCGUCCUAAUGAAUGUCCACCUGAUGGAAUCAAUCAUUCAAAGCGGGCACUAAAGUGUUGUCAAGGGUGCCAGGCCUCUUUCUAUUGUUCUAGAGAAUGCCAGAAACAAGCCUGGGUUUCUCAUCGACCUCUCUGCCAGAAGAUUAAAUGUACGAAGCAUGAUGGGGGCCCCACAAUGAUUUCCGCUAGGGAUACUCUCUUCCUGAUCACUGUGGCGGAGAAUGACAUAUACGAACAUCUGGAAGUAGUCAAAGAUCUGCGGGAAAAGAACGAGCAUCAGCUGAAACACCCCUUGGUCAUUUCCCUCGACUACGUCUCGAUUCCCAUGGCCAUCACAAUGAACUCCGCGGCGGAGUAUAGAGAUCGCGAAAGCGCAUGGGACCGAGCAAUUCAGAAGGUCGAAACACAAGGUGGUCAACUAGUUUUCCUAAGGUACCCUCACGCUGUCAAACCUCGCGAAGGUCUGCUUCGAUUCCAAAUCGACGUUUGA